UGAGUGUGGUGGUCGACUGUGUGCGCAUUCCUCUUCUCCAAUAAAAUCGUGUCAAGUUUUUGCUAUGGUUGAAGCAGCAACCAACCGGUUUUUCAGAGAGGUGCGUGUGUCCGAACAUGUAAAAAUGCGGACAUUUUUGACAUGUAAAUAACAUGAACAAGUCGUGGUGAUCAGUUCGUUCUUUGCGCCAUAAUCUUCGCCAAUUUCUACCAGUUAUGUCUUACAAACUCAAUCAACCCACCUUAUUGCGCUCGUUUAAUUCUAAAGCAAUGGCCAACCUUUCAAUUGUGAAAUAAAAUAUACAUAUAUAUAGGCUGCUACUCUGGGAUUCUAGUCAUCCGGUUUCUCUUCACACUCAUUUAGACGGAUCUGAGACGUAAUACAGUGUAUUUUUAUAAAUCAGGUUGAUAUUUUCAAUUCUUGUAUGAAUAUAGACAAGAGUGUGUCUGUGUGCCAUCAAAUUAGACGCUAAUAAACUGCAAUAACCUUGGGCGUUUGGAAAUAAUGCUCACAUCGCAUUUUUCUGAGUCUAUGAUGAGUGCUUCCUAUUACCAAAUAUCUAACCAUCGACUCAUCUUGCGAAUGCAAACUCUGUGUAAACAGUGGCUCCACACUCUGAUACGGACGUUCAUAAUGAUCGAACUAACUUACGUGGCGCUGUGAACUUAAUCAAUUUAUGUCGUUUAGCUAUAAGAGUUUCAUCAAGGAACUUCAUAUGCCUGCUGCGGGUCCUUGGCAAAGUCUGCUGGCUCAGCACUGUUGUUCUCUGACGGAAAUUGAAAGACGGGGUGGCAUCCCAUCUCAUUUUUCUGCAACAAGAGAAGCUUGCGCCGCUUCUCCAAUUUAACUUCACAAAGAUCAGGCAAGAAAAAACGUCCUCGUCGUGGGUCAGAUUGUUCGCAGGUGCAAGCGUUUGCUUAGCUUGCUGAGUGAUCAGCUGAGCUGACAUGACACAGCUGCAAGUUGUAACGCUUCAUGCAGCAACGACACAAUCUUAUUUAUUGUUGCCAUUAAUAAACAUUCGAAUUACAAACUGCACCAAAGCUACGCAGUACGACAGUUGUUGAAGAUAACUGCUAAGCAGUCUAAAAAAUUAUCACAAAUUACGAAAUCUGUGUAUUGGCCUAAACAUUGUUUGAGAUAUUGGUCGCUUUUCUCAGUUUGAACAGCUUGUCAAGUAAAUGCGACCGGUCCAGUACAGUUUCUCUAAAAAUAGUUAGCGUCGUACAUUCUACCUGCUCUUUAUUCAACUCGGCGGGAGACUACACGUUGGUCUGCAGCUGGAGGUCCGGGUAUAGUCAUUAUUAGAGUAGCCUCUGACUUGGCAAGACGUGCGUGCUGCGAGUCGCAGGCAGCCAUUCAGCGUUGACCACACGUGGUUGCUGCUGUGUUACAGCCCUAUUUGUGUUGAAAAAUUAUCAUUUAAUAACUUUUUGGGACUGUGAAAAUAAUUUGUAUUUUUCCACUCUGUGAUGAACAUAGAAGUGAGUUGUUUUUGGCUUGAAGCAAAGCUACUCUACUAAAACACUUGAGUGUUGAUCGGGCGAGUGACUUGAGUGAUCGGGCGGAUCCUGUGCGGAAUCUUUGUACGGAGUGUUUGAUCGGACGGAUCUUGAACGGAAUUCACUGAAAGACAAGAUGCAACCGAGAACAACGUCAUCAGCGGUCUGGCAGAGGCGCACUAACCGCACCAUAGCAGCGGGCAUCAUUAUCAUCGGCCUGACGAUGAUGCUCAGCAACAUCACGCAGUGCAUUUACAUCGGAAUGCUGUUCAUCGUCGUCGCUUUAGUGUGGCUGGCAUGGAUGACCAUCAAGGAGCGCAAGAUAGUGCCGGCCAGCGCCGUGGACCAACAGUCGCCUGUGCUCUUCCUUGUGACGUCGCAUAUGUUACCCAACUUGAAUCACCCUGCGGUGUCGAGCAGUUCCGACAAGCCGCCGAGCUACGACACGGUGCUGGGACUGGACGACCAACCUCCCGACUACAGCUCUGUCAUCCCAGAAAAACCUCCUCGGUAUGAAGACGCGUUCAUAGCCCCCCACUGUUCGACCAGCCCUAGCGGUUCAAGCUGGGACAAAGAGCAGAUGAUUAUGAUGGAGAAUUCGCUGGACGUCUCCAGAGACUCCAACGAGUUGUCACACUUCAUCCGGUCAUCGGCUGUUCGUGAUUCUCUCCUCAUAGCGAAAGGAUACAGCGGCAGUGGAUCCUCGUCCAUGCUGAGCCGAGCAGCUCAGGCUUGUGGUGCUAGGGCAAGUGGUGGCAGAUGCAGCAGUAAAAGUGAUGAUUACAAGCAAACAAAGUCGAGUUUACGCAAGAAGUUUGGAAAUAACAAUAGAGAUUCGCACCGUUCCCGAGCUCCUAACAGCAGCCCAAUAUCUAGAAGACAUUUUAGUUCAUGCGUGCCACUACCUAGCAGAACAAGACAUCAUAGCAGCACGGCAUCUGAUUGGAAUUUGUCAGCAUCCAGCUGUAAAGAUCAUAAUAGUAGCGGCAGCCGGAGCCUACCGCGACUACUCCAGUUACAGGCACCAACCUUAUCACAGGACACCGCUCGCCGUCUGACCAAUUGCUUCAGUAGGACCUCGAGAGACGUCGCAGCUGGUGACGAGGAGGAAGGCGCAAUGGCUCGCGUCCACCAGACCCGGACUCCAUCUCGCCCCUUCCUAUACCCGUGGCCGAACACCGAGUGUGACGACGCGUAUACCCAAGUACGACGCUACUAGAAUUAAAAUUGACUCUGCAUCCGAGACGAAUAAUGAAGCUGGCUAGAACCGUGUACGUUGAAAUGUCUACGGUGUAACGCCUAGCUUUUCUAGUCUAUUCGCUGUCGAGACUCGUUGCCGAGGCGAAAUUAGAGCCUAAGUGAAUGUUGAAGUCAAUAUAUGAAUAAUGCAAACCUUACACGAAGGCUUUGUUUCGGUCACUUAUGUCUCAACAUUACAUGCAUUCCUAUAUUCGUUUCAGUUAAACCAUUGUCUACGGAUUGAAGCAUUACCUAUGUUUAAAGACCUUCGCAUCGACAGGUCAGGAAACCAGAGUUAUCUUAAGUAGACAAAUGGUUUUCGUCAAGGUCUAGUCUAAGUAGUGAGUAUAGAUUUUGUAGCCAUCUUUCAUAGAAUAUAAGUGUUAAAUGCUACCAAUGUGCUUCAAAAAUUGAUCUUAAGAUCCUGCUAAAUCGUGGCCAAUUACUUUCGCAAAUUACACAACGAUUAUUCCUUGGCAUUAUUAAUUACCGGUACAGAUGUAAAGUAAGAGUAGGUGACGGCAAUACUCCGUUAGCUAACUCAUGGUUGUAACGGGUUGGCAGGAGUUGAGAGUUAUUGUGCCGCGCACAAAAAUACAUUCGGUGAAACAAG